UGAUUGCCCCCAAAAAUUUUCGGUCUUCUGAAAUCUCUCCCGCCAAUACAGGAAUGGAGGGAACCAAUUUUAAAACAAGUCAAAAAGCUAAGACAGUUCUCCGAAAAUCCCUUUGUCGUGUAAGAUAUCCGUAAUCCGUGUUUGUUUUCAUUUAGGAAAUAUUUCCAAAAAGCAGUUGCAGCAGUUAUGGCUGUUACUUCUUCAGGUCCUGAUUUGAACGGGGAAGUUGCUACUCAAGAGGAGAAGGGUCUCUCUAAUUGCAAUGGAGUUCGCCUCAUCGGAAGCAGAAUAUAUGAUUCGCAAAAUGGCAAGACUUGCCACCAAUGCCGGCAAAAAACAAGGGAUUUUGCAGCCGGUUGCAAGAAUCAGAAAGGAAACAAGCAAUGCCCAAUUAAAUACUGCCAUAAAUGCUUACUGAACAGGUAUGGGGAGAAAGCUGAAGAGGUAGCAUUGAUUGAUGAGUGGAAAUGUCCCAAGUGUAGGGGCAUUUGCAAUUGCAGCUUGUGUAUGAAGAAGAGAGGUCAUAAACCAACUGGUAUACUUGUGCACACAGCCAAGGAAAAUGGAUUUUCCUCUGUCUCAGAACUGUUGCAGGUUAAAGGUCCUGAGAAUUUUGGUAUUGACAGAACUGCAAAAGAUGCAAGUGUUUCAUCGAAGAAACCUGCUUCCACAAAGGAGUCCAGAAUUGCUUCACCAAGAAAACCAGGGAAAGAAAACUCCUUUGGUGUAAGUAGUGAUCUGAAUGAGCAUUCUCCGAAUUUAAUACUAGUGUCUAACAGGAAGUCCAAGAAAAUGAGAAGGGAGGAAUUACUGGAAGUUAAUCACAGCACCAGGGAUGAUGAUGGUGGCGUUGAUGCUAGUUCAGGGAAGAGCGGUCAGAAAUCUACACUUACCAAGGAAGUCUCCAAAAACAAAGGGAAAAUAAUUGAAGAGGGUAAAAGUGUUUUGAUAGAGAAAAAUAAGUCUAAGACGCAGCACAAAGAAACUCCUAAGAAAGAAGUAAAGAAAAAUGGAAAGCAUGAAGGUGCUAUUGUGGAAGAAAAGAAAUCUAAGACACAGUUUCAAGAUAUUUCAAAGAAAGAAGCAACUGUGAAUAAAAAGGCUGCAGGUAACUUUUUUGAGAAAAAGAAGCUUAAGACACAAAUGCUGAAGGAUGUUCCUGUUUCUCAUACUGCAAACGAAGAGAGGGAUGCUGAAAAUUUUAAAAAUGGAGUAGUUUUGAGUGAUGUUCAAAUUGAUAAGCUUGAAUCCAAGAAUAUGGCAGCUGUAGAGGUUUGCAAAAUUAACAAGUGUACUGUAGAGCACCAGAGCAAACAAAAUGAUGAUAGUAUUCCAUUGCCUCUAUCCACCUGCUUAACUACUGUAGCAGGAAUUGAAUUACCUCGUGGAGAUGCUGGGGAUGCGUUGCAAUUCUUUGAGUUUUGUGCUGCUUUUAGUGAGGUUCUUGAUCUCAAGAAAGGGCAAGCUGAAGCAGUGAUUAGAGAAAUAAUAUUUGGCCGAAGAGCACGCCGAUCACAAGGCUCAUUAUUAACGCACUUUCAUAUCAAAUUAUUGCUUCUGAUACAAGAGGAUAUAGGAGAAGAAUCUCCCGCCCUGAGCCCAGCAAAUGGCAAAAAUUCAUGGUUGCAAGCUCUUGCGAAAUGCGUCUCUAAAUGCAAAUUCAUAUCAACGGGACUCCCCUCAGAUUGUUUUGAUCGUGGUAAUGAAGGAUACGAUAUGUUGAGCACCUCACAGAAGUUUAAGCUCUUAAACUUUCUAUGUGAUGAGGCUCUUAAUACAAAAGCAUUGAGGAGCUGGAUAGAUGAUCAAAAUUCCAAAUUUACUGAAAGAGAGAAAGAAGCAAAAGAAAAGGUUCUUGCAGCGAAGGUUAAGGAGAAGCAAUUGAAAGAGAAGGUGCAGGACGAGGUGGCCAAAGCCAUCAUUGCAAAAGCAAAAAAUGAUGCCCCUUUCUCUGUUUCUGAGUAUGAAGCAAUAGUUUCACAGAUAAAAAAAGAAGCUGCUGAAGCUCGUGCAGAAAUCAUGGAGGCUAUGGGAAUGGUUCCCAAAAAGAGACAAAGAUCUGAUGCUGUUAGAACAGAUCCUAUCCUUUUGGAUGUCAAUGGUCAUGCCUUUUGGAGACUGAAAGGUUAUAAUAAUGAACCAGACAUCUUGCUUCAAGUUUUCUCGUUUACAGAUUUAGGGAGCUGGGCUUCAGCUGCAUCUGAGGAGAAAUGGUUUGUGUAUGAUGCAGAACAGAAACAAGGAAUUGAGAAGUACAUCUCCUCCUUAAGGACAAAAAGACUUAGGAUUCAAAAGGAUACUGAAACCCCAUUAUUUGGAGACGAUCAAAACAAACUUGCAGUAUGAUUUUACUGACAACUUUGCCAUAUUUUUGUGCAUAAUUUAUUUCAGUGUAGGAAGAAAAUUCUGAGAUUUAUCUGCUACUAAAUUUUUUUACAAUGGCAUCAAGAAAGUGGUCUGAUGCUGAACUUGCAACAUCUUCGCUCAGAAUAGGUUGUAUGAGCUUCUUAAAACGGUGACGUAUGACCUUUUUUUGGGAGAUGCCAAUUGUCGAGCUUACCUGUAGUCUGCGGAGGUCAUUCCCAGUCCUCGUGAACAUGUACAAUGUUAUUUUUCAAGUAUACAAUUCGCGCUGUUUGCUAAAAGGGUAUUAUUGUGUAGUUUGAUAAAAUAUUAUAUUUGUAGGUUACAUCAUCCAUCAUGUAUGAUUUAAUAAUCUUAAAAUGCC